GGAUUUACAUCCAUAGGGGUGUCAAUAAAGCAAAAGUGGGGACCAGAAGGAGACAGUCGUAAGGGGAUUAUCGUGUAACUUGGUUGACACAAACCGGUGAAAUGGUUGCACGGCAUAGUGUCUAUGUACUUAAAUUCGCCUUUCGGACUCUGCUUGUCGGAUCAACAUGGACGCUUUUUAAAUGACGAAGAAAGACGGCCCGAGUCGUUGUUGAGUUUUGUGCUAGCCGUGUGACGUUCGCUCACGCAGCUAGUAAAUCCUACUCCUGCUGCCCCUGGCGACUUCGAAAAAAACUUGUCAACAGCAAAGGCGAUCGAUAUCCCAAGCACAAAUAAGAACUGUUUUGGACGCGCCCAUUGUACUGGCCUUACUUGCCACCGUUUGUCGUCGCUCUUACGGCAAGUGAAGCCGCGGCACUUUAAAGAGAGUUGGCCAUGAUGGCAACGUGACAGGAGGGGGAGGCCUGCUGAGUGAGCGUCAACAAUAUCCAUGGAGGGCUUAGAGCAAACUGCUCCUGAGCAGCAGCGCAAAAGGGUUAAUGGCUACUCCCAGCGAAGUUCACCCCAGGAUUCGGCUGAUGUUAGGUGGCCAGGGACCCAGGGGGAAUCCCAGGGGUCGGAUAGCUCUGGGGGCACAAGUGCAUCGCAACACACUGACCUGGAUGAGUCCAAAGGCCCUGAGAGCGACAGUGAGGUCAAAGAGGAACUGGAGGACAUUACGUGUGAGAGAGGUGAACAGGAGACAAGAGAGAGUGUAGAUGAAGAAAACAAUCACAGCAGUGCAGCAACCAGCUACACCGCAGACCUUUCCCACACCUCGUCGCCCUCGCUGUCCGAGCAGCUGCGUCUGGGGCGAGAGGACACUGCAACCUCUGGUAUCAACGUGGAGUGUAAGGUCUGUGGGGACAAGGCGUCAGGCUUCCACUAUGGCGUACAUGCCUGUGAGGGUUGUAAGGGCUUUUUCAGACGGACUGUGCGUAUGAAAUUGGAAUAUGAGCGCUGUGAGCGUUCCUGCAAGAUUCAGAAGAAGAAUCGCAACAAGUGCCAAUAUUGUCGUUUCCAGAAGUGCCUUUCUUUGGGAAUGUCUCACGAUGCAAUCCGAUAUGGCCGAAUGCCUGAGGCAGAGAGGAAGAAGCUGGUGGCAGGCCUGCUUGCAGAAGAGCUACACAUCGCCAAACCAGGUGGCUCCGACUUGAAGACUUUGGCCAAGCAAGUCAACACAGCCUACUUGAAGAAUCUCAGUAUGACCAAGAAGAGGGCUCGCAGCAUCUUGAUGGGCAAGACCAGCAGCACCUCAAUGUUGCAGGAAGCAUCUUCUGCACAAGAGAUUGACAUCAAACCAGCAGAUGCUGAAUCUCCAUCUUUGCCAUUUGUGAUAUAUGACGUGGACACACUGUGGAAGGCUGAAAGUGGUUUGGUGUGGAGCCAGUUGUUGCCUGGUGCUCCCCUGACCAAGGAGAUCGGGGUGCAUGUGUUCUACCGGUGCCAGUGCACCACGGUGGAGACGGUGCGCGAGCUCACAGAGUUUGCCAAAAGCAUUCCGGGGUUUGUUGACCUCUUCCUGAAUGACCAGGUGACAUUGCUGAAGUACGGUGUGCAUGAGGCUAUUUUUGCGAUGUUGCCAUCACUCAUGAACAAAGAUGGUCUCCUGGUGGCCAACGGGAAAGGCUUUGUGACCAGAGAAUUCCUGCGUAGCCUAAGAAAGCCUUUCAGUGAGAUCAUGGAACCCAAGUUUGAGUUUGCAAUAAAGUUCAAUGCUCUUGAGCUGGACGACAGUGACCUGGCCCUCUUCGUAGCUGCCAUCAUCCUUUGUGGAGAUCGCCCCGGUUUGAUGAAUGUGAAGCAGGUGGAGCAGAGCCAGGACAACAUCUUGCAGGCCUUGGACCUCCACCUGCAGGCGAACCACUCAGACUCAGUGUACCUCUUCCCUAAGCUGCUGCAGAAGAUGGCUGACCUCCGCCAACUGGUCACAGAGAAUGCUCAACUUGUGCAGAAGAUCAAAAAGACAGAGUCUGAGACUUCGCUCCAUCCUCUUCUGCAAGAAAUCUACAAAGACAUGUAUUGAGCUGCUCUGAACAAUACUGUUACAGACUGAAUACACACUUAUCAGAACAAUACUGUUCAAUCAAACACUGUUCCACUUGUGGUCAUGGUUGUCUAACAGCAUACAAAUUUGUAACGUGUGCAUCUGGAAUAGGUCUCCUCCCUUUCCCACAAAGGUCACAUCAUAUAAGGAAAUGCUAUGUUUUCUUACCAAAGCUGCUCCCUGCUUUCCAGGGGAAACAUUUCUUAUUACUUUUUCACAUAUGCGGUGCUGCGAAGAAGAGCCAUCGGUUUGGGCAUGGUGCAUUCUGAGGAUCAUUCUGUGUUUAGGGAGUGAUUGGACAGAGCUGACGGCUCGCAGGUCGUUUUUGUUUACAUCCUUGUCUUCAAUUAUUGACCUCCAACUUCACCAUUUAGCUAUGUGGACCCCAAUUCGGCUCAGUUGCAUGUGCAAUAGCAUAUGAAUUAGUCAGGCAAUGCUGAGACCCAAGUCAUUUAGACAUGCAAUACAAAUAUCACUGGAGUUGGGCAGAAUCCUCACAUCGCCAAAACAUUUCAGGAAAACAAAAGGAUAGCAUAUUUGUUGAGCUCUUUAAAUUGUGUAAUCAAAGACAGAAAAAGUAGCAUUUCAAAUUGGUCUGUAAAUUGUAAAGGCAACAGACCACACCGGGACUGACCAAUUGUAUCAAUUUAUGACAAAAUAUAGAGAUGACCAAAUUUGAACAUAGGUUUCUGCUCGACAGAGACGAUAUGGUUACUACUCGCUCAAGGCACAAAGGACACAUCCUUAUGUUUAGAUUUGAAACAUUUUUUAUUCUUUCUUGCAAUUAUGUCUAUCUGUAAUUGUUGAUUAUAUUUGUAAAACAUGAAAUUCACCCCAUAUAUAUUGGACUGACUAUAUUUGUUAUUUCUUGCCUUCCAAUUUGGUUUACCAAAUAUAUCGUCAACAAGUACUGUAUAACUUUUCCUUCCACACUGGGACAUUCACAUAAUGUUAUGCAACCAGUCCAGCAGGCCUUUUCCACAAACUUUAAUCUUGCACAAGUAGGUCUUUUUUUAAGCCUUUUUGGAAUGUUUCUUGUUUUCUUUCUUUUAGUUCACCCUCAUCUGGUCUACCUCUGUUGUAUGACAUUAUUCCACUGUCUAGUCGCAGCACUUGCCUUAUUUGCCUUAAUUUCUUAAUGAGUACAAGAUUUUUCAAGUUCUCCAACACGUGUGAUUAAAAAGCCAGGGAAAAAAGUCCACCAAAAGUAAUUGUGAUCUACCUCUGCCUGUCUACAAUGUGCCAAAUAUGUUCAGCAAAUGACUUGAAAUAAUAGUAAUAUGUAACCAGAGGAAUAUCUCGUUCAUAAACCUCUAGAAAUGUUUUCCCUC